ACCGCGCGCCAGAAAUGAAAAUUAGGUCUUAAAUUUUAAUUACUGGCUGUCAUUAUUGUUAUCGCAAUUUAAUAAACUUGAAGAUAAUGUCUAUUUACACUUAACGAUAACACUUUGUUCAAUUAUACCUAUUAAACGCGUAACGUAAUUAUUUAAUUUUCCCGAUGAUCACGUUCAUUAUUUGGAAAUGUUUGUGACUGGAAAGUGUGUCGUUUACAGAAAAUCGUAUUGAGUUCUCAAUGUCGAUUUAUAAAGUGACUGCAUUCGUUUGUUUUGUUAUACUUUUCAAAUUGACCCAUGAAAAAUGUGCCGACGAUGAUAAAGGAUGCGUCCAGACGAAAACCCACGGAAUGAUUAGCGCCGACUGUUACAAUGGAAAUUUUCGAAAAAUACCUCAGUGUUUGCGGAGUGACGUGGAAAUACUCGACUUAUCAUUCAACCGUAUACGAAAAAUAACGAAAGACGAAAUAGGAAAAUACAAAAGAGUAAAAAUUCUGUACUUAUCCGAUAAUUUACUAACAAAUUUGGAUGACUCGACGUUCGAAGAUUUAGGCGACCUGAUCACGUUGGAUUUAUCGCUGAACGCCAUCGUACAACCACCCCCAACGCUAUUUCGACUUCCGUCACUUAAGCGUCUAUAUUUAAGCCAAAAUCAGAACAUAAACAUAAUCGAUAUGAUCGAACAGGCGAAACCGAUCAGCAGUCCCUUGGAAUUGCUGGACGUCAGCUUCGACGAGCUGAAAACUCUGCCAGAUCUCGGGUUACUACCCUAUCUGCUAUUGUACAAUAUCUCCGGAAAUCACUUGCUUAAUUUGAAAGUAAGCGACAUAGCCGGCGUUUGCAAUUUGAAGGUGUUGGCGAACGCGAACUUUUCGGCUUCCUUUCAAAACCCCUGCGACUGUUGGAAUUUUCAACAGUGGUUGCGCAACAGGGACGUCGAGUUUACUCAAAUUCCUUGCCAGAUUACACAAGAGAAUUGCCCAUAUAACAUCUCCCAGGAAGAUUUAAAAACAUUCAACGACUGCAAAUCUAGACAGGAGGUUGAUCGGAAAGCGACUCUUUUCGUUAUUGGUAUAAGCGCCGCAGCGGUAAUAGCGGUGUUAGCGUUAGUAAUAAUCGGUUACAUUAUAUAUCGCAGGAAGAGGAAUAGAAAAUUUCUACGGAAAAAACAGUCCAAUAUUCUCUUGGAUGAAAAAAAGGAAACUGCGGGUUUCUUAUGAACUGGUGCCAUUUAAAAAGUGAUACUAUUUUUGAUAGUUACCUAUUACGAACUAGAGCUGUGUUAAUUGAAUAUUAUUUUAGAAACUUAAAAAGUUUUUCUUAUUUAUUUGUUAGUUUUACGUUUUGUAGGUUGUCUUCAUUUUGUAUUCGAUUGCAGAGUACAGGGUUUUUUUGUUUUGGAAUUUGAAAGCAAUAAAUGUUUUGUUUUAUGUUUCCA